AGUUUCAACCAUCCAUCGAAAUUCCAAUCGAAUCUUAAAGUUCCCGAAACCGAAAGCAAAAGUGUGAGCUAAGAGACAACGUUUGUGUUGUGGAUUGUGAUCAACACCAACAACAAACAAAAAUGGUGAAUUACAUGUUGAUGAUCAGUGCUGAGCUUGAAAACCUUACGAAUCUUCAACCCCAAGGUGGCUGCGAUGACCCCAACUUCUCAUACCUUUUCAAGGUGAAAUGUGGAAGAUGUGGGGAACUGAGCCAGAGAGAAACUUGUGUGGUCUUGAACGACACCGUUCCACUCCCAGUUGGCAAGGGUUCUACCCAUCUCAUUCAAAAGUGCAAAUUUUGUGGCAGGGAGGGUACUGUCACUAUGGUUGUAGGCAGAGGUAAACCACUGACCCACGAAACUAGUGAAUCAGGGAAGUACAGCCCACUGAUGUUAUUCGACUGCAGGGGCUAUGAGCCAGUAGAUUUUGUAUUCACUGGUGGAUGGAAAGUUGAGUCGCUGGAGGGAACCAAGUUUGAGGAUGUUGACCUGUCAAGUGGAGAAUUUGCCGAAUAUGAUGAGAAGGGAGAGUGCCCUGUCAUGAUAUCCAAUGUUCGAGCUACUUUUGAUGUGGUGAAGUAGAGAGAACUAUUUUCUGAUUGAGCAUUUUCGCGGUAUAUAAAAUUGACUGUUCUCUUUUCGAUAGGCGUUUUGAGCUCUGGGGUACAUCAAAAUUAAGCAAAAAAUUUGUGGGAUUCCCCUUAACAUUACAUGUUAAUCUUGGUAUAUUUCUGAGUGGAUAACAACUUCCAGUUGUAAGUUAUCGAUGGAAAUUUCUUUGCA